GGAGUCCAGGCAGGCGCCGGCCGAGGGAGGGGGCGCGGUGGCUUUGGAGUCCUGCGCUCCCUCAGGCCGUGGAGGCGAUGGUGGCUGCUGCGGGGCAGGCGGUGGGACCGGCGUGGAUGUGAUGGGUGGCCCCUUGCUUCACCUGCUGUCCUUGGGCCUGUAGGUCGCUGGGCGACCCAUAGCCGGGCCGCGGCUGAGGAGGCAGCGCGACCUCCGCACGUUGGAGGAUAAUUGCUCCACAGUGUUGUGUUGGAUUCUGCUGUUCAACAUCGUGAAUCAGCCAGAGGUAUACACGUAUCCCCUCCUUCCUGAGCCUCCCUCGCAGAUUCUGUCAAAUUUUAAGAACAGAUGCACCGUGUAGCUCAUGGAAGAGAAAACACAAAGCAAGACUUUUUUGGGUUCCAGGUUGCCAAAGUAUGGAACAAAAUCUGUAAGAAGUACACUGCAGCCAAUGCCAAAUGGGAAACCUGUUAAUUUGUUGGGAACUUCCAAGAGUAGCAGCGUCAAAAGUUACAUCAAAAAUAAUGGCUCUGAUUGUUCAUCAUCCCAUUCAUUUAACUGGAGAACAGCAAAUAAAUAUGAGUUUAGUGCACAAAGUCCUGAAGAGCUUAAUAAUACUCAGAGUUCACAUGCUAAAGUAAUUGAUCCUGAAAAAAUUGUACCUACUCAAGGAGUGUUUGAUAAAAAUGGGAUGAAGGGAGGUUUGAAAAAUAUUUCUCUACUCACAUCAAAGUUAGCAAAGCCAUCUACUAUGUUUGUGUCAUCUACAGAGGAGUUAAACCAAAAGUCUUUGUCUGGACCAUCUAAUUUGGGUAAAUUCACCAAAGGCACAUUGUUAGGAAGGACUUCAUAUGCUUCAGUCAGUGCUCCAAAAUCUCAGUUGAAUGGGUUUUAUGGAAACCGAUCAGCCGGUAGCAUACAGAGGCCUAGAGCAAACUCCUGUGCCACCAGAGGCAGUUCUGGAGAAAGCUUAGCACAGUCUCUAGAUAAUAUCAAAUCGCUUGCUUGUGAAAAAAUGGUAAGGUCACAGAGUUUUUCACAUUCCAUUCAGAAUUCAUUCCUUCCACCUUCAUCUAUAACCAGAUCACAUUCCUUCAAUAGAGCUGCAGAUCUUACAAAGCCUUAUCAGAACCAACAGCUACCCAUUAGAGUGCCUCUGAGGUCAAGCAUGCUGACAAGAAAUUCCCGGCAGUCAGAAGUCCUCAAUGGGAAUGAACAUUUAGGAUAUGGAUUUAAUAGGCCUUAUGCUGCUGGUGGAAAGAAGUUGGCUUUACCAAAUGGCCAGGGUGUAACUACCACUUUUGGUUAUAGGAUGGUUCAUCCCGCUCUUCUGAAAUCUAGCCGACCUCCGUUUUCUGGGACUCUCACAGUUGAUGGUAAUAAAAAUUCACCUGCUGACACAUGUAUAGAGGAAGACGCUGCACUUGGGGCUAAGGACAGAGCUGUGGAUAAGGACCAAGAACUAAUUGAAAAUGAUAGUUAUAGAACAGAAAAUGACCAGACCAUGAAGCGUGAUGCUAAAAUUAGAUACCUGAGUGAUGAUGUGGAUGACAUUUCCUUGUCUUCUUUGUCAUCUUCUGAUAAGAAUGAUUUAAGUGAAGACUUUAGUGAUGAUUUUAUAGAUAUAGAAGACUCCAACAGAACUAGAAUAACUCCAGAGGAAAUUUCUCUCAAAGAAGAAAAGUGUGAAAAUGUGCCACCAAAAGAUAUAUUUGAUUCCCCCAAGGAAAAUGAAAAAUCCUUCAGUAAAACUGAUGAAUGGAUAGAUAUAAGUGUCUCUGACAGGAGUGAAUGUUCAAAACAUGCCUCUGGAAAUAACUUGAUUUCACCAGACACAGAUUACAGAGCUGGUUCUUCAUUUGAACUCUCUCCAUCUGAUAGCUCUGAUGGAACAUACAUGUGGGAUGAAGAGGGCUUGGAGCCCAUUGGAAAUGUCCACCCAGUUGGGAGCUAUGAGUCCUCCGAAAUGAACAGCAUAGAUAUUCUGAAUAAUCUUGAAUCAUGUGACCUUGAGGAUGAUGACCUUAUGCUUGAUGUGGAUCUGCCUGAGGAUACACCUCUUGAAAAUGUGGAGUGUGACAAUAUGAACCGCUUUGACCGAUCAGACAGAAAUGUUCGACAGUCUCAAGAAGGAUUUUGGAAAAGGCCACCCCAGAGGUGGAGUGGACAGGAACAUUACCACCUUAGCCAUCCUGACCACUAUCAUCACCAUGGAAAAAGUGACUUGAGCAGAGGCUCUCCCUAUAGAGAAUCUCCCUUGGGUCAUUUUGAAAGCUUUGGAGGGACCCCCUUUUUCCAGGCUCAGAAGAUGUUUGUAGAUGUACCAGAAAAUACGGUGAUACUGGAUGAGAUGACCCUUCGGCAUAUGGUUCAGGAUUGCACUGCUGUAAAAACUCAGUUACUCAAGCUGAAACGGCUGCUGCAUCAGCAUGAUGGAAGUGGUUCAUUGCAUGAUGUUCAACUCUCAUUGCCAUCUAGUCCGGAACCAGAAGAUGGUGAUCAAAUAUGCAAGAAUGAAGAUUUACUAAAUGAAAUAAAACAACUUAAAGAGGAACUAAAGAAAAAAGAUGAAAAAAUCCAACUAUUAGAACAUCAGCUUGCAACUCGGUGUAACUGCCAUAAAAAAUCUAAAGAGGAAAAAUGUACAUAUGCUGAUAAAUAUACCCAAACACCCUGGAGAAGAAUUCCUCCUCAAGUACUACAGCCUUCCAGCAGCCUUCCCAGACCCACAGACCACACCCAGGGAAAACUAGCAAAGCCGCAGCAUACCGAGGCCCACAGUGAGUGCACGGUCCAGGGCACACGUCAGGGUGUUGUACCUCCAGAUGAACGCUUGACACACGGCUCGCAGCAAGAAAGCAGCAAUGGUCUGGAAGACCAGCCUUUUUCUUCAAGCCCGGAAUUCACUAAGGAUGUGGUGAAGAGUACGCCUUCUGAAGCAAACUUGAACACGACCUUGAAUGCUCAAGAGCCUUAUCAUCUGGCAAAUAAUCAAAUCAGUGACAUGCAGUUUGUGCCCACUUCUCUUCAGACACUUCCCCAGUCAAGUACAGAUGACCAGGCUAAGAGAGUUGGAAGAAAUCGGUCUUCUCCAGAGGGCUACACAUCUCAGCCCAAGUCCUCACAGCUUUUUAAGCCACCCAUCUUGAAUUCUUUGGUAUCUCCUCCAGUUCCUGAAACAUCUCCAAAUAGGACUCCCACUUAUAAGAAAUCACCAAUAAUCACACAAUGUAAUUCCGCAAAACUCCAGCCAGCAUCUAGUCAAACAGAUCUUGCAAGUAAUCCAAAUCCAAAAGCGUCUAAGCUCCGCCCCCCCUCUGGCUCUUUCAAACAGAAACACACAAGCAGCCCCCGACUAGAACCUCAAAACUUGCAGGCCAAGACAAGCAUCCCAAGGCCACUAAUAAGAAGAAAAGAAAUCAUGCAGAAUCCUAAUGACAAUUUGAAUUCUGGGGAUUGUUUGGCUUCUAAUCAAUACUCUCGUCUUCCUAAACCAAAGAUACAUUAAGUGCAUGGCCGUCACCUGCCAAUUUGUUUUUUUUAAAAAAACAAUCUGUUCCGUAAUAGCUUUAUGUGUGCAGUUUGCUACCAUGAUGGAGGUUCCAUUGAAAGCUUGCAAAUCUUAAAAUUAAAACAUGGAAGCUUCUA